AUGAGCGCUCCCACACAAAUGAGCGACCAUACAAGUCAUGAGCAAAGAGAACCUCCAGCGAGAAAUGCUUCAUUGGCGCGAUCCGAUCCCCCAGCUCAACAUCAGUCACCGACAUCCAGCGAAACUCGCUCCCCAAAUACAGAGCCAGUGACGGGUGACACCAAUCUCAACGUGGUCGGUCAGCCUUUCAUUAACCCAAACGCUUUUACAGAAAGUAAUGGGGACGACCACGGCUUAGAGACCUCGCAGCACUCCUUCCUAGAGCCACGCCAUGGAAAUCAUGAGAUUCGACCGGACAUGGAUUUAUAUGGCAUGGAGCAACCUAGUUCGAGGGAGAAUCUGCAUCCAGAACGGAGCAACACUAUAAAUGCACAUGCACGGAUCGACACUAUGGGACAAGUUGGCUCGCUGGACGCUGCGAAUCGGCUCAAGGAUGGCGGACAUUCAACCGAUACAAUCGAGGCCGCUCGCGAGCAUGCAUCGAUGCCCAUUCCUGGGGAAAGAUUUUCCAGCAGGCGGCACUCGCUAAUGGCCGACUUCCAGGCAACCAACCCAGUGCGCUUAAAUGAUGCAAAGCGGUUUUCUGGAGGGGAACAUCAGCUCUGGGAAUCGGUCAUCCGUGCAAAUGUGGGGAACAUUUUCUGCAAUAGGACCGACAGGCCGCCCAUACAAGGUGGAAAUGGCGACAAAAAGUCAAACUCCCUUAGCGACUUUGACAUCAGCUGCUGGAACAGGAUCCGGCAACUUCUAUCUGGUGCGGGCGCUUGCGUGCCUGAUUCAGAAUUCACCAAUAUUCCCUCUCCAGUUUCAGGGCCAUAUGAAUCGGAUGCAUUCAGUAUGCCAUCGCUAGACGUUUUUGAUACAGUGAUGGAUGUCUUUCGCUGGAAGUUCCUGCCCAUUGCUUCUAUCAUUCAUAUCCCGACAUUCUCUGCCAGCGACUGCCCUACAACAUUAUUACUAGCCAUCUGUGAGCUGGGGUUCAGUCUUGUUAAAACUAAGGCUGCGGCGGAAUUUGUUUCGCAGACAUUUGAUAGGCUUAUUGAUGCAGCGCAUAUCGCCCUGAAGUCCACAAUGAAGGGGGAUUCGUCCCCUACCAGCACUUUGGCGUCUUUUGGAGCCUCGCUCCUAACCUUGUAUAUUGCGUCACUUUCUGGGGAUCGAGACAUGAUUUGCAAAAUUCAACCGCUAUAUAUAGCAGCAGUAACUCUUGCGCAGGCACAAGGAAUGUUUGAUGUAUCCGAUGGCUUCUCUUAUUCCAACUUCUGGGAUUUGGAAUCCACGCCUGAACGUCGCUGGACAUCAUGGUGCAAAGCAGAAUGCAUGAAAAGGAUGGCGAUAAGUUUUGUCGAGUUAGAUUGCUGGUUCGCCAAUUACUUUUCCAAAAUGCCCAUCAUUCGCUCUGAGGUCAUACAAAUAGACUUGCCGUCUCGAAAUGACCUCUUUCAAGCUGCCUCCGCUGAGCACUGGGCAAAAGUCAUCCACAACAAUCCAAUUCUCCAGCCAGCCUCCGCCACGGCGUAUGCAUUUCCCGCCUAUUUAGACGUCCAGGACAAAUCACGCCUAUAUGGCUAUCUCAAUUUGCUGUACCACAGAAUAUGUGAAUCUCAGGCUCGUGCGGUCAUACCUAGAAGAACACAAGAACAACAGUCGGGGCAGGUCUAUGAACCACACAUCGACGGCUCUUUACGAUCGUGCCUGGUUUCAGCGCUACCGUAUCGUCAAGGAACCGCAAAAACAAGCGACUUGAACAGUCUUUUGCUCUGGAAUAUGAUGUGCCUGCUUUGUUGUGUCGACAUUCAUUCACUCGAAAACGCAUCUGGUCGGUUCGGCCCCGAGAAAGCCAUACAGCAUCUUGAGGGUGUUCAAAUGUGGGCGCAAACGCCGCAGGCACGCCGAGCUGUGCUUCAUUCAACUGAAAUCUACCGCCUUCUGUACGACCGCAGGGCAUCCGACGCACUUAGGUUGCAUGUCGCGGAUGCACUGUUCGUUUCCGCACUAGUGUUAGGAUUCUACUUCCGCACCGCUCCAAUCACAACCCCAGACCAUCCGAAAGUAUCCAUUGACCUUUUCUCUGAGAUUGAUUGGACUUCAAUAGGCAAAUGUGGCCUAACCGACAUUGAGGAAGGGCCUAAAUUGCCAUCCGAAGUUCCGGGUGACGUGCAUCAGUUCAUUCGUGGUGGUGGAGAUUUCACGCUCCAGGGGCGUCUCUUUCAUCAUAGUCGCCGCAAUAGUCGGCAGUCUAUGAUGCAUUGUGCGGAUUUGUUGGAUAAUAUCUCUCAAAAGCAUGAUACAACACAUUCACAGGUCUUACGCGCUUUAAGUGAUACUACCUUGGAUACGAAUGAUCAGCAGAUAUAG